UAUUUUCUCUCCCCACUCCCCACACACACACGCAUGCACGCACACAAACCCACAGGACACCAGUCCAUAAUUUGACAGUCGCACACCCUGUCGCACAGUGCACUGCUUGUCUGGCUGGCGCUGCUGACGACCGAUCGUCCUUGUCCCGCUGUUCCGUUUCGGGGGUUGUGUUUUGUUUCCCUUUGUUUUUCGUUCCGUUCUGUUUCUGUUACGUUCUGUUCGAGGUUUCGGCUAUUCCGUGUAUCGCCCCACCACCGGCCAGCUGGUUUUCUGUCAGCUGGUUCGCAAACAGAAGCAGACUGCUGCCAGUGUUUGUUAUGCGACUGCCAAAAACCCACCAAACACACAAUCAACACACAGCAGUCGCGUAAGCUCGUGACCACAACGAACCCCAGUGGCAGUGUCACCGAAAAUUGUCCGUGUCCGUGUGAUUAGCGAUCGAGUGUUUUGUAGUCCGGCUCGUGGCCACUGUUGUGUUGUUGUUGUUUUUUUUUUUACUUCGUUUGCCUGAAAGCUGGAAGUUUUGUAAAUAAUUCACUUAAUUGAAACGGUUGCACACAUGUUCGCGAGCGUUUGAUCGGUGUGAGCUGCUCACUUCUACACAGCGGAACUUUGUUUAUUGUUUUCGAAAGAAUCGUCCGAUCACGAACCGGGGCUACGGGCUUACGUAGAAGUAUAGGGGCACAAAAAAAAAACGCGCGUAAUCCCUUUUGAGUGUAACGCGAUGACAAAUUGGUCAGGCUAAAGUUCUACCGGUGGUCGCAUGUCAAUCAGCCGUAGCCAGAAGCUGUAUCAGCACCAGUUUCGGAUGAGCUCAAGAUGAGCGCACACUGGCCACGUUAAGCCCAAUGUGCUGGAACAUCCUCAAAGACAUCGCUUGCAUAUCGGAUGCUUGAUGCAGGGAACAUACAAAUUGCUUCAAACAACGCGUGACGAGAGUCAGAUUGUCUACUGCCGGAAUAUUGAAGUGAUGGUGCGGCUGAUGUGUGGUGUACCGCAAAUUAACACCGCCAUACUCUUUUCAUAUGCCUGACCAACGAAUGAAGAAGCAGCCAGCAAGUGCAAGAAGCAUUGAAUAGCAAUUUGGAUUAUUUGACUGUGAAGUUGCGCCGAGUUCGAAGCGUGCCUCGGAGGUCCUGGUAUAGGAGGUCAGGAUGAAGUUUGCUGAACACCUGUCCGCGCACAUCACUCCAGAAUGGCGCAAGCAGUAUAUCAACUACGAGGAGAUGAAGGCGAUGCUAUACACCGCCAACGAAGAAGCGCCGGCCCUCGACAGCGUGGAGGAAGACGUACGGAAGCGUCAUUUUGCAAACUUUGACGAAAAUUUUUACCACUACUGUGACCAGGAGCUGAAAAAGAUUAACACGUUCUACUCGGAAAAGUUGGCGGAGGCGACGCGUAAGUAUGCCGCGCUCAUCACCCAGCUCCGUACCACGCUGGAGAGCCAGCAGAAGAGCAAGAGCAAGGGGCACAGCCAUAAGCCGAUCAACUUGCCGUACCGGAAGGCGCAGGAGUUGAAGCUGGCGUUUAGCGAAUUCUAUCUCAGCCUGAUCCUGCUCCAGAACUACCAGAACCUGAACCAUACCGGGUUCCGGAAGAUACUGAAGAAGCAUGACAAGAUUCUGGCCUCGGAUAAUGGCGCCCGGUACCAGAAGGAGCACGUCGAGAUGAGCCACUUCUUCAUCAACAAAGACAUCGACAAGCUGAUCAACGAUACGGAGACGACCGUUACGACGCAGCUGGAGGGUGGGGACCGGCAGCGGGCGAUGAAGCGGUUGCGCGUGCCACCGCUGGGUGAGCAGCAAAGUCCGUGGACCACGUUCAAGGUGGGCCUGUUUAGUGGGAGCUUUGUCGUGCUGUUCGUUGCCGUAAUCCUGUCGGCCGUCUUCCAUGACAGUGCAACGGGCGAGAAUCUCAAGAUCGCGUUCCGGCUGUACCGUGGUCCGUUGCUGCUGAUUGAGUUCAUCUUUCUGAUCGGCGUGAACAUUUACGGGUGGCGUUCGUCCGGUGUGAACCAUGUGCUGAUCUUCGAGCUUGACCCGCGCAACCAUCUGUCCGAGCAGCAUCUGAUGGAGAUGGCGGCCAUCUUCGGGGUCGUGUGGACGCUCAGCCUGCUAAGCUUCCUGUACAGUGCGAGCCUGAGCAUACCGCCGUACAUUAAUCCGCUGCUGAUGACCGUGAUAAUGAUUGCAUUUCUGAUCAACCCGCUGCGGGUGUUCCGGUACGAGGCACGGUUUUGGCUGCUGAAAACGAUCGGCCGCAUGGUGGCGGCACCGUUCUUUCACGUCGGCUUUGCCGAUUUCUGGCUGGCGGAUCAGCUGAACAGUCUCGUGACCGCGCUGCUAGACUUUCAAUUCCUAACCUGCUUUUACGCCACCAACGGAAAUUGGUUGGAAGCGGGCAAUACGCGUCAAUGUAUGGAGGAAAGCUACAUCAUUCGUCCGCUGGUGAAUUGUUUGCCCGCAUGGUUUCGGUUCGCCCAGUGUUUGCGCCGUUACCGGGACUCUCGGGAGGCUUUCCCGCAUCUGGUAAACGCCGGAAAGUAUGCAACAACCUUCUGCGUCGUUAUCUUUGCAACGUUACGGUCCGCGUAUGCCUACAAAUAUGAAGACUCGUCGGAUAACGUUUUCCUUUGGCUGUGGUUGUUUAGCUCCGUUGUAUCGUCCUGCUACGCAUACACCUGGGACAUCAAGAUGGAUUGGGGAUUGUUCGACAAAAAUGCGGGUGAAAACACUUUCCUGCGGGAGGAAAUUGUUUAUUCUAUGCCAUUUUUCUAUUACUUUGCAAUUAUCGAAGAUUUGGUGCUGCGAUUCGUUUGGAUCCUAUCGUACGCGCUGACCGAGAACAAGUUCAUCAGUGGCGAUCUAAUGACGUCGAUCGUCGCACCGCUGGAAGUGUUUCGGCGCUUUGUGUGGAACUUUUUCCGGCUGGAAAACGAACACCUCAACAACUGUGGUAAGUUCCGUGCCGUGCGGGACAUUUCCAUCGCACCGAUCGAUUCGAACGAUCAGGUGAUCAUACUGAAGAUGAUGGAUGAGGAGGAUGGUGUUAUUAAUCGCUACACCAAGCACAAUCGACCAAAGCCAAAAAAGACGAAAGAUGAUCGUAGACCCUUGUUACCAGCAUUUAAGGGUACGCACGAAGCGACACCGCCCGAUGCGACGAGCACCAAACACGUCUGAGUGCUGCAACUCGCUCGUACAAAGGCUCCGCUCCUUGCAGGCAGAAAUAGUUUCAAUCAGCAGAAAAAAAGAACGGCGGCCCACUCUGUUAAUUUCGUUACUUAUUACCAUUCUUCUUCAGUCCGUUAUAAUUUGCCUAGGUUGUACUUAGAAUGUACUUACGCUGUUUACGUUUUCCACUGUUAGUUUGCUUCAUAGUUUUGUUUUUUUUUAUUAAAAAACCUCGAGGUUAAGCGACGAUCGAAUGUGUGUCAGCUGGUUUUUAAAAUCUGGUUGCAAAUUUUGAAAAAAAAAUGCUUUUAUUGUAGCUGCGAAUGGAUUGUUUAACGUUUUGUCUAUUGCUUUUUUUUAAUAAGUGACUUGCGUUUGACCCCGGCAUAUCGGUAUCAGCAGAAUAGUCGCUUGUCGCCAACCAGCUUGCCAUCCAUCCCCCAAACGCCUGAGGACUGACUGAUUCAGCUAUGGGUAACGCACUUAAGCUACAGAUUUCCAGAUAGCAGAUUAGGGCCUAAUGCAGGGCUAGGGUCCAAUGCGAACGAAAUUUUUAAUCGAUGCGUGAUCAACCGGAUACGGCCCAAAAUUUACCGAUAUUAGUUUCCGGCUCGAGGUUCGGGCCGAAGGAAUCAAUUGGGCGCACAAUUUUCUAAAUUAUUAAAAAAACAACAUACACCAAAAUAGUUAAAUUUAACAUUAUUUACUCACCAUAGCAGAAGGAGAAGAAGUGUACUUACAAAACCACCGUAAUAUAAGCAACAUUCCGUUCUGCACGGUGCACCAAAAGAAAAGAAGAGAAAAAUACGAAAAUGUGCGAUAUAUCAGAUUUGGGGCGGAGGUGAACAAAAUAUGAAAAAUGCCAUACAACCACUAAAAAGGGGAAGGUUUUUUGUUUGUUUGUUAAAAACCAGUGUCGCGUGUGGAUUCAGUUGGGUCGCAAUAUGAGCGCUAGGAGGUGUAGGAAAAUGGCACCGAUGUACUACAAAGCAAACAUUUGAAUUAGGCGCUGAGUUUACGUCGCUAGACGCGCCAUUCAAGCCAAUAUGCCUUAUAAACAAGACUAAACAAAAAAUCGCAUUAAGCAUCUUCUUCACAAUGUUUCAAGCAGCGUUGCCUUAAAAUUAGAUCGGGUAUACAUAGUAGAGCGCAGGGUAUACAUAGAAGGGUUGGGAGCAGCGGGCUGUUAGGCCUGCCUGAGAUGGGUUGCUGAGUGCAGCAAAGUUGAUGAUUAUUAUUACAUAAAUGCAGGGACGUAUCAUCUUCCAAACAAUGGCCAUAAUUAGUAGAAUAGAUGUUACAAUCUCUUAAAA